UUCAGAGUCUGGAGCUUGUGAGGAGGACGGGAUAAUUGAACACACCACUGGAUUCUGUAUUUCUACCAAACUGAAACAGAAAAGAAAAGCAGCAAAGGGAGGAUUACUCGGAGGCAGAUGAUGAUAUGGAAGCAGUGAUCUGAUCAAUCCUCUAAAUCACCUAUACACAGUUUUUUUACUUGGAUUUUAACCAUGGGACCAUAUGAGGCAGGAUUGCAGAAGAGAAGCCGAACCAAAAGUUGUGGGGAAUAUCAGCACUCCAACAAGACUUUCUCUCAGCGCAGACAGUCAGCACCUUCUGUUAUUCUCAGCAAAGCCCUUACAAAGUCAAAAUCUGUUGCAAGGGAUUGCACAUCUCAGGUUAGCCAGGACAUUUUUGCCCUGAUCCAGUCUCUGCUCAGCCCAACCAGGAAACUCAUUUGCCAAGGAAAUGUGGUGCUGCAGACAGGCCUUCAAAACCAGGACAGAUUCCUGAUCCUCUUCAAUGAUCUUCUCAUCAUCACCAAGGCCAAGUCAGUAAUGCAGGUGAAGCAGAAGAAGUGUGUGCGUGUUAGUGAGAUGUGGACAGCCAGCUGUGUGGAUGAGGUGUGUGAGGCCAGUACUGCUUCAGAGAGAAGCUUCGUCAUGGGCUGGCCAACUUACAACUGUGUGGCUACUUUUAGCACUUCAGAAGAGAAAGACAGGUGGCUGCCUCUCAUUGAAAGUUGCAUACAAGAAGAAAAAAAGAGUGAUGAUCCAAAGAUGAUUCCACUCAAGAUAUUUGCAAAGGAUGUUGGGAACUGUGCCUAUGCAAAGACUCUUUUUAUCAGCAACACAGACUGCACCUCUGAUGUCAUUAGCACAGCACUGCAACUGUUUGGUCUUUCGGGUGGAGUAAAAGAUUACAAGUUGUGGGUGUGUUCAAAACAAGAUGAAACUCCAUACCCUUUAAUUGGUCAUGAGUGUCCUUACAGCAUUAAGAUGAGCCACAUUCGCCUGCUGCAGCAAGAGGCAGUAACAUCAUCCUACAGCCAGAUGGCGCUUUUGCCAAUUGAUGCUCUCUGUCAGUUCUUCCUGAGGCCCAGUCAAAUAAACAGCACCUUCACAGAACAGAAAAGCAGGAGGAAGAGGAUGUCUCUUAUUAGCUGGGCUUUUAAACGAAGCUUCAACAUUGAACAGGCUGUCCGAUCCGAAUCUCCUGGCCCAACUAUAACACAAGCUUCUGGACAUCUGUUUGGUCGACCACUCAGUGAUGUAAUAAAAGACAAUACCCUGCCAUCACCCAUUGUGGACAUGCUGAAGUGUUUGUGCAGUGAAGGGGCCGUGACGCGUGGGAUAUUCCGGCGAUCUGCUGGAGUGAAGGCCUGCCGAGAAUUGAGGGAAAAACUAGAUUCUGGUCACUAUGAAGAGCCACUCAGUGGAGAACCUGUACUUGUCACUGCUUCAGUGUUCAAGGAAUUCUUACGCAAUAUACCGGGCAGCCUAUUGUGUGAGGAGCUCUAUGAGCAAUGGCUCCAAGCAGUGGAGCAGGAUGGUGAAAGAAAUGGACAAAUAACAGAGAGAAACCUGCUACAAGAAGUUCAGAGGCUUGUUCAGCUUUUACCUAAAGAAAAUCUCCUGCUGCUGAGACACAUGAUAGCAAUGCUGCAUCACAUUCAGCUAAAUGCUGAGCACAACCAGAUGACCUCUUUUAACCUGGCUGUGUGUAUAGCACCUAGCUGUCUGUGGAAUCGCAAACUACAAUCUCAUGAGAAAGAUGCCAAAAAGGUGUGUGACCUUGUGCAUGUCUUGAUUGACAACUGCUGUGCGUUGUUUGGGGAUGAAAUAAUAACCCUCUUAAAGGAUUUGACUGAAGACAAUAGAAGCAAACACGGAUCAGUUGGGUCCCUGCAGCAGAUGUCAGAUUCAGGUUAUGAGAGUCUAAAGAAUGAGGUUAAUACUGACCCAGAGGACAUUUCUAAGACCCAUCUUCUUAAAGACAGUCGUAGUAUGGACUCACUCAUGUCACUGAGUGAUUGUGACCUCGAUUGUCCAGAAAACGACUUGCUGUCUUCCAUCCCACAGGCACAGAUCAGAAACUGUACAUCCGCAGUGCGUCAACUCCGAUCCCUGAAACUACACAGACACUCCAUGUCCACCAUUGCUUUGACUUCUCAUGAGCAGGAAAUAACCAUAGAAAGUGGAAUACAUGAAGAGUUUAAGAGACCUGAUGAGGUCAAUGAUAAUGUGUUCAUGGAUCAAAACUUUCAACAACUGAAUUUCAUGAGAGAAAAACAAACUCCACCAACCUCCAAUGUAUCAUCGCCAGUGACUUCAUCGACAUACUCACCUGUGAGUUCAAUAGACAGUCCAUCUUCUCUGUCCACCCGAAAGACCCUUCAUUCUGCUCAAGAUUCUCCAGCCAAGGUUGAUUUACUCACUCAAAAUGGCACAGAUUACCAACAUCCAGACAGCUUGCCCAAUGAGAAAUUAUCUCCACCAAAUUAUCAGAGGAACUUCACUGAUAUUAAUGCCCAAAUGCCCAAAAAUCCUCCUCCUUAUCAGCAGGCCUUACAAAAGCUCAACCGAAAACAAUUCUCACAGACUCCCACUCAAAAGUCUUUACAUAAAGGAAAAGGCAGUUUCUACAAAGGGCCAAGGAGCCCCAAGCACAGCCCUUUAGGAGACCCCAAGUAUUCCCCUGAAUCUCAGACCAUCAGAUUUAACUGUCAAACCAGGACUGAAGAAGAGGUCAAGCUACCACAGAGUGUGUUUUAUGGACAGAGUUGCAAGUUGACGGUGCACAAAACCAGGGGACAGAAUGCAGGUUUGAAGUCUACCAAACUUUCGGGGAAGCAGUAUAGGUUUAAAGCACUUGAUUUGCACCCUUCCUCUGGAAAAAUAGUCAGAGAUUACUUUAUGGAUGGUUCUCCUCUCAGAGAGAAGCAAGCUGUUGGGAGAGGCCAAAAGCUCAGCUGUUGCAGUAGUAGCCAGUGGAUUGUGUGAACAAGUAAUUAACAAUUACACGCUCCAAAUUUAUUUAUUACCAAACACCCUAGUUGGUAAUCAAAUACCAUGUCCUUUGUUUUUUAAUUCAACUUCAGAUUAUGAGUGCAACUCCAUUUAAACAGUGUAGAAACCUCCUAUCAAUAGUCUGAUUUGUUAUUAUCUGUUAUUAAACCAAUCAAUGUAGUAUCAUCUGCAAACUUAAAAAUCUGCACUGAUUUACAAUGUGAAACACAAUCAUUAGUUUAGACCGAAUACAAUAAUGGUGACAGUACACAUCCUUGUGGGGCCCCCACGCUAAUUGUCUCAAGUCUUGAGAAUGUAUUAUCAAUUUGAACUACUUGUGUUUUGUUCUGCAAAAAAUCCAAAAUCCAAAGAGCAAGGGAGUGUUCAAUCCCCAAUUGCUUAAACUUAUCAAAAAUUUUAACUGGAAUAAUUGUAUUAAAUGCAGAUUUAUAGUCCACAAAAAGGACUCUGACAUAAGUAUUGGGGGUUUCAAGUUAUUACAAAAUUGAAUUGAGACGCAGAGCCACAGCAUCAUCAAUGGAGCUAUUAGCUUUAUUGGCCUAAUUGGUGAGAAUCCAAACAGAUUUUAGAAAUUAGAUGCCAAAGCAUCAAUCGCUCAAAGAGUUUCAUAGCAACUUAGGUUAGGGCCACUGGUAUACAACUUUUUUGACUCUGGAAUCAUAACAGCUGUUUAAAACAUGCUGGGAUAUUCUCAUUUUACAGUAUAAUUUCAUUUUAUUAAUACUUGCUGUUUGAGCUUUAUAAUGCCUUUUUUUGUUGAAAAUAUUUAUAAGCAUUAGAACAAUCUGCAUGGGAUUUUAUUGUACUUACAUUAAAAAACUCACUUUUCCUCCUUAUGCAAGUUAAACUGAAGCAUUUAAAACAUUCAAAAAUAGCACACACGUAAAAUCCAAAUUAUAAAAUGACCUUUUCAGGAUUACAUUCAGUAGGGGUAUUAGGGCUGUCACGAUUCCACAAUUAAACUCAAAUAUUCAAUUAUAUUAUCAUCGACUAUAUUAUCAUCGAAUUCCACAGACAACUUCAAAAUAAAAGUUUAAACCCUUGCUCUGAGUUUGAAUGGUUUGACGUCCACAUGUUCUUUUUAAAGAAAUGACAGUGGCUGGCCUUGCAUUGCUAUCACAGAGAUAUGGUGCAAAUCUAAAAUAUUAAUUGGACAUUUUAAUUAAAUAUGGUUAAGUCAAUAUUUUAAACAAGGAUUAGUUUGUGCUGUAAAUUGUAAAAAAAAAAAAAAAAAACUAUUGCCAGGCAGUUUGUGCUCUUUGCAGGCAUUUGAUAUAAUACAUCAUGUACAAAAGACAAAAGUGAUUAAUUCUUAUAUUUUAUUUGAACAAAAUUAUUACUGCCUCAUUUUUAUUAUGUGUAUUUAAAGUCUAUUGUUUGCUUAGGUCUUUUUUAUUACCAGAAAAAAAUGAUGCGAUAAUUAUUACAAUUAUUACAGAAUAAUUAACAGAUUACUUGAAAUACCAAAAUAAUCAUUAGGGAUCGUCCUAAGGGAUGUAUUAUACAUAUUUUGAUUCUGUAAGAUAAAUGUUUUUGAGGUCCAAGCUGAUUUCAUUUUUAGUUUUUAGAUGAUUUUUGAACAUUGUUAUGCCUUUUUGUAAAUGCAACCAAACCUUUUUUGUAACAAGUAUACAAAACUGUUUGACAGAAAAUAGAUUUAUAAUUACAAUAUUUUAUAGCGCUUUAAAAAUCAGUGCUGUUCAAUACAGUGCUCAAGUAUUUAAUGUGAAUUUGCAUCCAUAAACGAAAAUGUUUUGUACCAUAAAUCCUAUUAAAACUAGUAAUCCCA